AUUAUCGCUACACAUGUUGCCUGCCAACCUCCAGACAAUACAAAUAAAACAACUGUCUCCCAAGCACAACUGUCACAACAUAACCUCAUCUUUACACUAAGCUUUGCCGUAAAAUGACCGAAGACAUCAACCUCAAUAAAAAUACCGAAGCUCCAAUGGAACAACCACCACCGACUCCAACUCAAACAAAUGAAGACGCGCCAAGCACAGCCACCGCGAUCCCAAAACCAGAAAACGGCGACAAAACAACCAAAACAAAUGAACAACAGAGUAACUGCUAUUGCGGGAAAGACCGAAAUUUGAACAUUGUGGAAUUGUUGUGUGCAAAUUGCUCGCGAUGGUUCCACGAAUCGUGCAUAGGGUAUCAGUUGGGGAAAUUGGUACCCUUCAUGGCCAAUUAUAUUUUUUUGUGCAAGAAUUGCUCGCCAACGGGAUUGGAGAGUUUUAAGAAGAGUCAAGCGCAGAUUUCCCAAAUGUGUGUCACUGCCAUUGCAAAUUUGCAACAAAGUAGCCUUAAGGAGGGCUCCAAUAGGUUAAUGUUUAGCAAAGAGAAGGAGAUUAUACCAUACAUUGAGUACCAUUGGGAGGCCCUUACCACCACUUCGCGUCGCGUGACCCAGUCUUGGCACUCCACGGUUCACAAAGCCCUCAUUAAAGACAUCCACGUCCUAUUCAUUUUUGAGGAAAGUCCCAUCAAUGGUCAAAUGUAUGGUUUGAUCAAUACUGACCUUACCCAAAUCAAACCCAAUUACGAGGCUAUGAUCAAAGGAGGUACCCUCAAAGUCACAGACAUGGGCAUUCAGCAUGUUGCCGGCGGGGUGAAGUCGCGAAGCGCCAAGAGGAAAUUUCCGGGAGACAUCAGUGGCGGCGGGAAGAAAGGCCGAGGGGUCGAUUUAGGGACCCCCAAACUCCCCGCCCACGGAUACCCCCUCGACCAUCCCUUUAACAAAGACGGCUACCGGUAUUUCUUGGCCGAACCCGACCCCCACGCCCCCUACCGGCAAGAAUUCGAUGAGAGUUCUGAUUGGGCGGGGAAACCCAUCCCUGGAUGGCUCUACCGGACGCUAAUCCCGAGUACUGUGCUGCUGGCGCUCCACGAUAGGGCCCCCCAGUUGAAAAUUUCAGAAGACAGGUUGGCCGUGACGGGGGAGAAGGGUUAUUCGACCGUCAGGGCCACUCAUGGGGUCACCAAAGGAACAUGGUACUGGGAGGCGACCAUUGAGGAGAUGCCCGAGGGCACCGCUACGAGAAUGGGCUGGGGGCAAGACUACGCCAAUUUGCAAGCCCCCGUAGGCUACGACAAGUUCGGAUAUUCGUGGAGGUCCCGAAAAGGCACGAGGUUUCACGAAUCGGCGGGGAAGCACUACAGUUUAGGAUAUGGAGAGGGGGACACUUUGGGUUUUAUGAUUGUUUUGCCACAAAACGCCAAGACUAAGCUAGUCCCAAAUACAUACAAAGACAGACCUCUAGUUAAGUUCAAAAGUCACCUCUAUUAUGAGGAUAAAGACCACGUUCCAGAACGGUUAAAAUCCCUAAGAGAGCUUCCAGGGAGUAAAAUACUAUUUUUCAAAAAUGGGGAAUGUCAAGGAGUCGCUUUUGAAAAUAUUUAUCAAGGGACGUACUACCCCACUGUCUCGAUUCAUAAAAGUGCGACGGUUUCAAUCAAUUUUGGGCCGAAUUUCAAGUGCCCCCCAGGAUCUCAAUACGACUAUAAAGGGAUGCACCAGAAGGCUGAAGAGGCCAUUUGCGAGCAAACAAUGGCCGAUUUACUUUACUUAACUGAGAAUGAAGGAAAAUUACGCUUAGAUAGUUUUGUAUUGUGACAAUAAUGGACAAUUUUUUGUUCUAUUCUAAUUAAGUUUACCAAGUACUAAAACUAUUUACCAAAUCCGCCCCUGCAAUUGGGACUGGAUUCGAUUACUUGCUCACUGUUACUCCAUUGUGAUGGGGUUUUGGCGACAAUUGAAAGAGCAUGGACCCCACUCUUCAAUUCUUCUUUUAAAAUGUCAUUUACUAGCCUAUGUCUCUAAAAAUUGAAAUAAAAAAUUA